UAAAGGUUGCGCAUUUUAAUUAUAUCGUAUUAAUGGUGUUAUUAAGUAAAAUUUUGCGCUGGUUUCAUGUCGUUAGUGUUUUAUAAUAUAAUGUGUGUGUUUGCGUGAGUGUGCCGUUUAAACAGGGUGUUUCUGCUGCUUAAGAGAUUAAAAAAUCAGUGCCGAAACACAUAUGUGAUGCAAAAUCACCAACAAAUAUAUUCUGUAGAAUGACAGCAGUGGAAUAGGAGGAGGGAUGAUGGUUUUCGGGCCGGCCGAGCUGGUCGCAGGCCUCUGUCAUACAGACGAGCAGAAUCCUUUCCCUGUGUGGCAGAAUGGACACAUCAGCUCCUGUUUCAACCAGCUCGUCCUCGGAGCUUUGCCUCAUGCAGGGAUGGCAGUUUUCAGUGCCUGCUACCUCAGCAUGGCAAGAUCAGACCUCCUGCGGACGUCUCCUCCCUGUGGUUGGACCCUGCGGUGGGUGUCUGCUCUGCUGGCGGUGCUGCUCUUCACUGCAGACGUGGUCCUGGUGAGCCUCCUCCAGCGGGCCGACCUGUACCUGGACGUACUCGCCGACUGCUGCUCCAUCCUGGCCUGGCUGGUCCACUUCAGUGCCCUCAUCGUGCUCCAGAGGACGGCUUUCAGGAGAACCAGAGGACCUCCGCUGCUGGUCCUGCUGGUCCUUCUGUGCGUCCCCAACCUCGUCGUCACCUUAAUGAUUUACUGUGAAAAUGAAGAAUGUUUAAACCUCGCAGAACCUCUUGAAUUAGCACGUUUUGUGCUCGCCUUGGCCCGGACGCUUCCCCUUCUGGUGUAUCUCAUGGCUUUUGCGUUUCCCUGCAUCAGUGAUGCUGGAUACACUUUGUAUAUCAACGCUGUGGACGGAUCACCACUCAUCUCAGAGAGCGCCUGGCCGGACACCGGCGACAUGGUGGCGGAGGACGGGAGCGGCUGGGUCUCUCAGCUCUUCUACCUCUGGUUGACCCCUCUGCUCAGACGAGGGCAGCGAGGGGAGCUGGAGAGACCAGCCGAUGUUUAUCAUCUCCCUCGGAAACUUCGGACCACUGUGGUUUGUCGAUACUUCCACCAGUGCUGGGAGGCCUGCAGGCGAGGAGCGUCGGUCAGUGACAGGCAGGAUCAGUGGCCCCCGCCGGUCAGCAGGAGCCUCCUAAGUGGCUCCUGGAGUUCACACUGCCAGGAGGAAGCCCUGGAGCUGGAGGGGGAUGUAGGGCUGCUGAGGGUGCUGCACAAGGCGUUUGGGAUGCGCUACUACGUCCUCGGCGUGCUGAAGUUCGUGGUCAACAUGCUGGGCUUUGCGGGUCCUCUGCUCCUCAGCAGCCUCGUGAACUUCAUAGAGGACGAGGGAGCUCCGGUCAGCUGGGGCGCCUGGUGCGCUUUGGGGCUCUUUGCCAGCACCCUUCUCGCUUCCCUCCUCCAAAACAUCUUCGUCUUCCAGGUCUCCAAGGUGGCGCUGUCAGCACGCGCUGCGCUCGUGUCGGCCAUCUACGCCAAAGCCAUGCGGGUCAGCGGCAGCAGCCUGGCCGGCACCACGCUGGGAGAGGUGGUUAACCUGAUGAGCACGGACACCGACCGUGUGAUGAAUUUCUUCAACAGCUUCCAUGAACUGUGGAGUUUGCCUUUGCAGUUUUCCGUCACCCUCUACCUGCUGUACCUGCAGGUGGGCGUGGCUUUCCUCGGCGGGCUGGGCGUCACGCUGCUGUUGGUGCCGUUUAACAAGUUCCUCGCUUCCCGGAUCCUCCACAACAACCAGCACAUGCUCCGGCACAAGGACAGCCGGGUUAAGUUGAUGACGGAGAUCCUCUUCGGCAUCCGCGUCAUCAAGUUCUACAACUGGGAGUCUCAUUUCACCCAGAAGGUCGCCGACUGUCGUGAAAAAGAGCUUUCCAACCUCAAAGCCAUCAAGUACCUGGACGCCAUGUGUGUGUACACCUGGGCUGCGCUGCCGGUGGUCGUCUCCAUCCUCACCUUCGUCACCUUCGUGCUGCUGGGACACCAGCUGACCGCCGCCAAGGUCUUCACCACACUGGCUCUGGUGGGAAUGUUGAUCAUCCCACUCAACUCUUUCCCCUGGGUGCUCAACGGCAUCCUGGAGGCCAAAGUGUCUCUGGAGCGAAUCCAGCGCUUCUUCAAACUGACCAACCAGGACCUGCAGUCGUACUACGCCCUGGUGUCCCCUGAGGACAGUCAGACAUCGAUCCUGUUGAGUCAGGGGACGUUUUCCUGGCAGGAUCCCAACCAGGACGAAGAGAGAGAAACUGAAAGUGGCGCUGCUAAAGGAAGUCUGCAGCUGCACGCUCUCACUCUGCACAUCACCAAGGGCUCGCUGGUUGUGGUGGUGGGGAAGGUCGGCUGUGGGAAAAGUUCCUUACUGGCUGCUCUCACCGGAGAACUCAACAGGCUGAGUGGAGUGGUGUAUGUGGCGGACCGAGAGGCCGGCUUCGGUCUGGCGUCUCAGGAGCCGUGGAUCCAGCACGCGUCAGUGCGGGACAACAUCCUGUUCGGCAAAGACUACGACCCUGUCUUCUACCAGGCCGUGAUUGAGGCCUGCGCUCUCUCAGACGACCUCAACGUUUUGCCAAACGGGGACAGGACAGAAGUGGGAGAGAACGGAGUGACUCUGAGCGGAGGACAGAAGGCUCGACUGGCCCUCGCCAGAGCCGUUUACAUGGAUAAAGACAUCUACCUCCUGGACGAUCCGCUGGCUGCGGUCGACACCGACGUGGCCGAGCACCUCAUGAAGAAAUGCGUCCUGGAGCUCCUCAGGGGGAAGACCAGGAUCCUCUGCACGCACCGCAUCGAGUUUGUGGAUAAAGCUGACACGGUGGUCCUCAUGGACAACGGGACAAUCGUCAAAACAGGCACACCAGCAGAAAUCCUUCCUUUGGUUGAGGCUGUGCCGAAAAAACGGAAGAAUGACCACAACAUAAAAGAGAAAGAUGGUGCGGGGCAGGAGGACGAGGCGCCCGGCUCACCUCCUGAUCUGUGUGUGGACGAUGACCCCGACCUGUCGGGGGCGGAGCAGAAGCAGGUGGGCGGCCUGGCGUGGAGAGUCUACCAGACCUACUGGGCGGCUGUGGGCGGAGGGCUGGCCGCCUCCAUCCUGAUGUCUCUGCUCCUCAUGCAAGCCUCUAAGAACGUGUCUGACUGGUGGCUGUCUCACUGGAUCUCAGAGCUGAAAAACAACGGUUCCACUGGAACAAACUGUUCCUCCUCGGGUUCCUUCGGCUCCCCUCACCUGCUGCUCUUCUCACCUGGAGGCUUAAUGUCUCCUCUGUCGUCAGUGAACUCGUUCUCUUCCAGUAACCUGAGCUCUGACGUGAGGUAUUACCUGACGGUGUACAGCUCCAUUGCGGCGGCCAACACCGUCUUCACGGCGCUCCGAGCCUUCCUCUUUGCCUACGGAGCCAUCUGCGCUGCCACAGCCAUCCACAACAGACUGCUGGACCGCGUCCUGAAGGCCACAGUGACCUUCUUCGACACCACCCCGAUGGGUCGUAUUCUGAACCGUUUCUCCUCUGACCUGUACACGGUGGACGACAGCCUGCCGUUCGUGCUGAACAUCCUGCUGGCCAACGUGUUCGGCCUGCUGGGCAUGCUGGUGGUGAUCAGCUAUGGCCUCCCCUGGGUCCUAGUGCUCCUCCUGCCGCUGGCUCUGCUCUACCACCGCACGCAGCAAUACUACCGUCACACGUCCCGGGAGCUGAAGCGCCUGAGCAGCAUCACGCUGUCGCCCGUCUACUCACACUUCUCCGAGACACUGACGGGGCUGGGGACCAUCCGGGCCAGCAGCAGCUCCGCCAGAUUUGAGGAGGAGAUCGCCCGACGUCUGGAGCAGAACCAGCGAUGCCUGUUCCUCAGCAACGCCGCAAUGCAGUGGCUCAGCAUCCGCCUGCAGCUGAUCGGCGUCGCCGUGGUGACCGGCCUCGGCGUGAUCGCGGUCGUCCAGCACCAGUACAGUUCUGUGGAUCCAGGUCUGGUGGGUCUGUCCCUGUCCUACGCCCUCUCCAUCACAAACCUGCUGAGCGGACUCAUAUUCACCUUCACCCAGACUGAGAUGCAGCUGGUGAGCGUGGAGAGAACCGAGGAGUACUCCACGGCCCUCCCCACCGAGCCUCAGCACCAGAACACACAGCUGCCCCCAGCGUGGCCCGAGCAGGGCUGGCUGGAGUUUUGUGGCGUGGUUUUGGCCUACAGGGACGGUCUCCCUAACGCUCUGGACGGAGUCAGCCUGGUGGUGAGACCCGGGGAGAAGGUGGGCAUCGUGGGUCGCACCGGCUCCGGGAAGUCCACGCUGUUUCUGAGCCUGUUCCGUAUGGUGGAGGUGAACCAGGGUCAGAUCCUACUAGAUGGGCUGGACGUCAGCACGGUGGGCCUGGCUCAGCUCAGGUCCAGGCUGGCCAUCAUUCCUCAGGACCCCUUCCUGUUCAGCGGGACCAUCAGGGAGAAUCUGGACCCGUGUGGACGACACUCAGACCAGCAGCUGCAGGACGUCCUGGACCAGUGCCACCUCAGCGCCGUGGUCCACAGGAUGGGUGGCCUGGGUGCUGCUGUGGGGGACAGAGGGAGGUCUUUCUCUGUGGGUCAGAGGCAGCUGCUGUGUCUGGCCCGCGCUCUGCUGACUCAGGCCAAGGUCCUGUGUAUCGAUGAAGCCACGGCCAGCGUGGAUCAAAAGACGGACAAACUGCUGCAACAAACCAUCAGAGAGAAGUUUCAGGACAAGACCGUCCUCACUAUCGCACACAGGAUCAACACCAUCAUGGACUGUGACCGGGUGCUGGUGAUGCAUGCUGGGAAGGUGGUGGAGUUCGACACACCGGCGGCUCUCUGCCAGACGGACAGAUCCGUCUUCCAGGGGCUGGUCGGCUGGACAGGAGAGUGACCCCGCUGCAGAGACACUGGAAAUAUAUAUUUUUAUAUUUUCUUUUUAUCCUGGAAGGUUUUCCUGAGAACUUGCUGGCUUUUGUCUGCACCGUCCUGCUUCACACCUUUAAAACUUUUACAGCAGACGCCUAAAAAACUCUUUUACUGUUGGAGCAACAAAGUGGGGAAUGCUUUGCUCCAGGUUUCUGUUUGGAUAUUUUCUUGUUUUAUUCUGCCGUUUAGUUUCUUUGUGGAUGAUUUCAAUGCUGAAACAGCAUUCAUUUUUGUUUUUAUGAACUUCUGAAUUUUAUUCUAAAAACUACACUUCCCUUAAAUGACUGUUUUGCCUACUUGAUCUACUUUUUGG